GUUCGGAGUUCAUCGCCAUGGCUUCCUCCUACAGCUCCCUCAUGCCCUCUGCGGCACGGGGAAUAUUGUCGUCAUGUCGCCCUGCUCUUCGCCCGAGCCCAAUUGUGCCUAUUUUGCCCAGCCUGCAACAGGUGCGCACCGCUGCCCAGGCGCGCAAGAUGAAGGGAGACAAGACCGCCAAGAGAAAGAAGGGUCCGAGGGAGUUCAAGCAGAAGGAUCUCAAGGACAUGCAACAGUUCGCACUGUGUGAUGCCAUGAGGUAUCUCCGUGCAUUCGAAGUUGGCCGCGAGCCAACCUCUUCCAAAUACGAGGUCCACGUUCGCCUGAAGACGAGGAGAGACGGUCCCGUCAUUCGCAACAUGCUUCGAUUCCCCCAUUCAGUCCAAACCGAGUCCCGAAUUUGCGUCGUGUGCCCUCCCGGAACCCGCCAUGAGAAGGAAGCUCGUGCGGCUGGAGCAGUCUUGGUGGGUGAGCAGGAGGUCUUUGAUGCCGUGAAGGCCGGCAAGAUCGAGUUCGACCGCUGUCUCUGCCACCCGGAUAGUUUGGAUGCUUUGAACAAGGCUGGCCUGGGUCGGAUCCUCGGUCCCAGAGGCCUGAUGCCCAGCGUCAAGACGGGUACUGUGGUCGAAGAUAUCGCCGUGCGUGUGGAGAUGCUGCGUGGUGGUACUGUUUACCGUGAGCGUGACGCCGUCAUUCGUGUCCCCGUUGGACAGCUUGGUUUCACCCCCGAGCAAUUGCGUGACAACCUGCGCGCAACGAUCGACCAGAUCAAGAAGGAUGCGGCCGGUCUUAAUGACCGCAUAACCAAGGAGGUGUACGAAGUGGUCCUGAGCUCGACCAACGGUCCCGGCUUCAGUCUGAAUGGAGAGUUCAGGUCGGAGACCUCUCCCGAAUCUUCCGCUUUGCAGGGCGUGUAAAAUAGUCUCUAGCGUCUUCAAGUUUAUGGGUGUACAGAAUAUGUUUCAUUAGGAAGGUUACGGUGUAUAAUGG